AUGGCUUCCACCAUUGCCGUGUCUAACGAGACGAAGAGCUCUUCCAUCCGUACCACCAAGGAUGGACGCACUAUUCGCUACAGCCUGCAGGUGAUCCAGCAGCCAGAGCGCGCCCGCGCCUGUGGUAGCGGCGCGAAGUCGAGCGCUGACCGUCGCCCCGUUGACCCGCCGCCGAUUGUCGAGCUGCGCGUCUUUGAGAACGACAACGAGAUCACUUUCGCUUACAACGCCAACUUCUUCCUGCACGCCAGUCUCGAGAAUGCGCGUACCAUCGCGCCAGGUCGCCCGUCGACCACGCCCAGCUUCCCCGUCCUCACUGGCACGCCCGUCGCUGGAAUGGCCUACCUCGACCGCCCGACGCCGGCUGGCUACUUCAUCUUCCCCGACCUGUCUGUCCGCCACGAGGGCAAGUACCGCCUCAGCUUCGCGCUCUUUGAGAACCUGAGCGAAGUCAAGGAUCUGGACCCUGACGACCCAGACGUCAUCUUCGACGGCAACCACUUCGUGACCCACCGCGCUGAAGUCAAGUCGGCGCCCUUCACCGUCUUCUCCGCGAAGAAGUUCCCUGGUCUGUCUGAGAGCACCGCCCUGAGCCGCAUGGUCGCGGAGCAGGGUUGCCGUGUCCGCAUCCGUCGCGAUGUGCGCAUGAGGCGCCGCGAGAACAAGGGGUCUAAGGACUGGGAUGACUACGAGGGCGAGGAGGGCUACGACCGGGCCCGUCGCACUGCAACACCCGACAACUACAGCCAGCCGCCCAAUAUUCCGCUCGACCCCGAUCGCCCGCGCUCCAUAUCCAACGCGAGCGCCCACUCUCUGGCACCUCCUCGCCGUCCUAGCAUGGACGACAUGCCGCAGUACUCGCAGCCCGCGAGCAACUACCAGCAGCAAAUGGCACCGCCGCCCACCCCUGGCUACUCCCAGAUGCCGGCCUAUGGCUCUACUCACCAGCAGUACCAGAGCCAGUACGCGUCCCCGCCGUCUAGCAGUAUGAUGCAUCCUCCGCAGGCCCCAUACUCUCACCAGUCCCAGCCCGUGCACAACAGCUACCAGAACCAGCCAGCCAUGCAGAUGAAUCAGCAGUACGGAUACCCGAACUACCAGCAGCAGUCGCACUACGAACAGCCCGCGCCUGCACGCCAGGAGGCCGCGCCCGAGUACACUCACGCGCCAGACUACCGCCGCUCCUCUAUCACCCAGCCCCCUCAACAGUACCCUGGACCCAGUCAAAUAAUCUCGCCGUACAACUCCAUGGACCAGUACAACCGACCACAGCAAAUGUCACAGCCUCUGCAGCCCAUUCAAACAUCGCCUCAUGCCCACUCAGUCUCUUCCUCCAUGCACACGCCUAGCCAUCACUCCCUGCCCACGCUGAAGACACUGCAACCGCCCACUGCCAUGGACAAGCUCGAACCGGUCUCUCCAUCUUAUCAAUCCCCGCCUAGCGCCAUGUCUUCUGGAACAAUGUCUGCCGCCACCAUGUCUGCCAACCCAGAGAGUGCAUAUGGCCUGCCUCGCUUUGCCGCUCUUUCUCUAGCACCUUUGAUACUCUGCCACAUGAACGAACGCCUGACGGGCGGCGCUCGACCCAACCCCUCCGGCGCCGGCUACAACUACGACGAAUGCAACUCGCCAGACAUGGAGGAGCCAAUGGACAGAGCGGCCAUGAGCUACCGCCGUGCAGAUGGAACUCAGCGCCAACGCCACGUCCCCGAAGUUGCCGUCUAGUGUUUGAUGCUGAUGUGUCUCGAUCUUCUACAAUCGAGUUGAGCGGCGUUCCCAGGCGUUUUGUUGUACGACAUGUGUCCCGAUGCUUAUACCCCGAGAACGACGCAACGAGCGGCCCCUCGCGAUAUAUCCCCCUUGUUCCUAUUCUUUUAUCCUUUCGUGCUGUUCAUCUAUGCCCACUUUUGUGGCGCGAUUGUUGUUCUCUCUCGCCCUUUUGAUUAAUGCUUGUUGGGUCAAAUGAUCCACACACUCCCUUUCGAAGUCAUGUGUGGCCACACGUGUCUUUGCUUUUCCUUGUGCUGAUAUUGUUAAACACCCAACUCGCACGCUGACGUGCCUCUUUUACUAUCUAUCUAUCUAUCUAUCUACACAGCUAUUUCUUUCUCAUCUACACAGACCUGAGCACAGAGCACAUGGGAGGCAAAUAUGUCUGUUACAUACAAGCGAUAAACGUGGAAAAAUGACAUUUCAAAAAGUAACAAACAUGUCAAGUAUUUUUUAGCUUCAGAGUGAAGGAUAAAUCAACGAAGGGGAGGUGGAAAUGAAAUAAGGAAUUCUAUUUUACUCGUUCA